AGAAAUCCAGCUCUCGACCCCCUCUCCCAUGAACUGGCAUUCAAAUCAUUGAUAGGCUUACCUGCUAAACUGCUGUGUAUGAUAUGCUGAGCUGGUAGCAAGAUGGUAGAAGCUGGAGCCUGUGUGCUGCUUUUAUUUUGUUCCCUGUUCUCAGGACUGGUGUAUUACAGAGAUUUUUUUUGGGAACAUGAAAACAAGGUCACGACGAAUGAAAAGCCAAAUUUCAUUAUUAUCCUGGCUGAUGAUAUCGGUUGGGGAGACAUCUUGACAAAUGAGUCUGACAAUACUACCCCCUGGUUGAAUAUGCUAAAGCUGGAAGGCAAAAGGUUUACAGAUUUCCACUCUCCUGCUUCUACAUGUUCCCCCUCACGUGCUGCAUUACUGACCGGGAGACAUGGCCUACGCAAUGGAGUCACUCACAAUUUUGCAAAGGGGUCUGUUGGAGGAUUGCCACUUAAUGAGACAACAUUUGCUCAGCUCCUACGUGAUGCAGGCUACUACACUGCCAUGAUUGUUCUGUCCUUAUUUCUGGUUAUAGGAAAAUGGCAUCUUGGACACAGUGGUUUCUACCAUCCAAUCUCCAGAGGAUUUGAAUAUUAUCUUGGUAUUCCAUAUAGUAAUGACAUGGGCUGCACUGACAAGCCUGGCUUUGAUCUGCCCAGCUGUUCCCCAUGUGAGCAAAGUAAACACAGUAGCAGGAAAGAUGGAGGAUGUGAUGCUAAAACAGCAUUACCGCUCUUUGAAAAUCAGACUAUAGUUGAACAGCCACUGGAUCUGUGGGCUCUCACAGAAAAAUAUGCUAAAGCAUCAGUCACACAGAUUUUGACUGCAAGGAAUAAGGGGAAGCCUUUCUUGCUCUAUGUGGCUUUGGCCCAUAUGCAUGUUCCUCUGUUCCAUAAUUGCUUCCUGAACGUGACUGCAAAAGAAGCUUAUUCAGCCAGUCUUAGUGAUAUGGACAGUUUGGUGGGACGUAUAAAACAAGCAAUUGACACCUUUCGUAUUGAGAACACACUUAUAUGGUUUACAGGUGAUAAUGGCCCAUGGGAACAGAAAUGUGAGUUUGCAGGGAGCACUGGGCCUUUUCAGGGGAAGUGGCAGACCAGCAGAGGUGGCGGUUCCGCCAAGAGGACCACCUGGGAAGGUGGCCAUCGAGUGCCCUCUGUAGUCGUUUGGCCAGGGAAGAUAUCACCCAACACCACCAGCAAUGCCCUGCUGAGUGGUAUGGAUAUCUUCCCCACAAUCCUCUCCUUGGCUGGUGUGGACCCUCCUUCAGACCGCCAUUAUGAUGGCAUUGAUGUAGUACACAUCCUGCUCAAUGAGUCUGAUACAGGACAUAAGAGUCUCAUGCACCCAAACAGCGGGGCAGCAGGGCAGUUUGGAGACCUGCAGACUGUCAGAGUGGGACAUUACAAAGCUUUUUACAUAACAGGUGGUGCGGAAGCCUGCAGAGGAGGAAGUGGAAAACAGGAACUUCAUGAUCCACCUUUGAUUUUUAACCUGGACACAGAUGAAGCAGAAGGGUCACCUCUGGACCCAGCCAGCGAAGAGUAUCAACUCAUCCUCAAGGAAGUAGAGAGAGAGCGUGAGGAGUUGCUGUGGGAUAUUGCCACAGACAAUGUAUCUACUGCAGAUUACACUGUAUCCCAGAGUGCAGUCCCUUGCUGUCAACCCCAGAACCCUGCUUGUCGAUGCCAUAGGAGGGAGAGAUCAGCACAAAGUCAUGCACGCUCGAAGGAGUCAAAUGCAAAUGGUUUCAAUGUUCCUAAAAGAAACAGCUAGUAAGACUAUAAGUGGACAACAUGGUGGUGUAGAGUUAGUGUUGCCUCCUCAAUGUUUCUCUGAUGUCUUCCCACUGUCCAAAACAUGUAAGUUUGUGGAUAGGUGGACACUAAUGUGCUACAUAGUGUGAAUGGCUAUAUUAAUGUGUGUGGUGUGAUAGACUGAUCUCCUAUCCCACGUGAAUUCUCCUAGUAUUCCCAGGAUAUGAUUUGGACUAUCCUCAAUGCAGUAAAUGACUAAAUGAUUGAACAGAAGACUGAAAGAUAAAUGUGUUAAUUUUCUUUUAUCAUGCUAGAUUACAAUAUAGUCAAAUCCUCAAUUAAAGUGUGUAUCAUGUUUUGACAUAGUAUGUAGUUCACACUUAUUUUCAUUUAAAAUGAUCAUUCUGUAUAUCUAAAACUUUAAUGAAAUAAAAUAUUGACUGACGUUAA